AUCAAAAACAUGAAAAAUAAAUUUAUCCAAAAUGCACUUCAGAUUAAUUAAUAAACGAAGCCUUAAAUGUAAACUCUCUUCUAUAAAUUUCCGACCAAAGCAUAAAGCAAAACUAAGAAAAAGAACUUUAUGCUAUUAGCCUUUUGUGGUUUUAUGAUUGGUAAAAUUACGUAGGAUAUAAUGAGCUAUUAUAAGGCGAAAAUCCUCAAAGCUCACGGGAUUUUAACAAAAGGAGACCAAGAAAAAUGAAUAAUUAAUUAUUUAAAGACAAAAACCAGUUAUAACAAUAUCAUAUCAUUCCUAAUGAAAUGUAAGAGAGUAAAUAUAAUAAUAUUUUUUUGAAAGACAAUUUUAGUAUAAAUGAUGUAAAAUUAGUUGAUUUUUAGACAUGGAUAUUUUUUAAGGAAUAAUAUAAAGAUUCAAUAGAAAUCCCUUGUUAGGUUUUAAAAAUAAAAAAUGAAUAUAUACAUGCAGCGGAAUUCGAAAAACCAUAUAUAGGAUUUUUAGAUUAAGAAGUUUUCGAAAAAAUAAAAGAUAAUUAAAAUUAGGAAGAAAAUAUUUAUAAUUUUAAAAGGCUUUAAAUCCCUAAUUGUUUUGACUGGAAACUAAUAGUCGAUUAUAUAAAAAAGCUUUAUUCUUUUUAGAAAAAUAUUAGUUUAGAUAGUAUUUAAAUUCGCGUGUGGAAAAUCGAAUAGGCUAUUCCAUUAAAUUCAGUUAUUAAAAUGUUAAAUAAAAAUAUUUAAGAUGAGAAAUUUAAUGAAACUCCAGGAUAUCUUUACAGAGGUGUUAAUGACGAAAACUGUUAUAGAUAUAUGAAAAAACAUUAUAAAUAUUUAGUUGAGGUUUAAAAUUUGAAUAAGGAUAAGUGGAUUCUGGAAGAAAAUACGAAUUUCAAAUUUUCUAUGAAAAAAGGCUAGAAGGUGACUUUUAUUUGUGAAUUUUGUGAAGAAUAAACUAUUUUAAUAGAAGAAUGUUAAUGUAAAUAAUAUUUUUAUUGUUCAAACGAAUGUAAAUAUAGAGAUAAACCUUUUCAUUCGAAACUUUGCGCAAAUGCCUAUUUUAGUGAAAGUGAUGAAGAAUAUGAUGAUAAAAAAAUUGAAAAAAACACUAAAAAAAAAGGACUUGAGAAUUUGGAAAAUACAUGUUAUUUAAACUCUGCUUUAUAGUGUAUAUUGUCAACUGAUGAAAUAAACAAAUUUUAUUCAUAAAAUGAAUAUAAAGAACAUUUAAAAAAAAUUAAAAAAUACGAAAAAUGA